CAUCAAAUUGUUAAUUGAAAGAAGUUUUUAAUCCCUGACUCAGAUGUAGCUGUGCAUAUGUAGCUGCAUUAUUGUGUGACAGUCUUCAGUUCCUCCUGGUGUGGAAGGAGAUGGUAGAGGUGGUACAUGGAAGACAUGUCCCCCUGUUUCAGGGGACAGUAUUGGCUUGCCAAGUCCAUGCCUGGAGGACAGACAAAUACAGAGCUUCAUUUUCAUGUCAAUCCUGUAGACUUCCAAAACUGGGCUAACCCAGAGUGAUUUAAAGCAGGUGGUGAAUUGGUGGAUUCAUAGAAUUCUUGUUCUAAAUUAAAAAAAAAAAAGAAAAAAAAAAAGGAAAUUGCACAAGGAUUGACAGGUUAAGAAAAAUAAAUUCAGGCUUGGGUUCAGUUUUUGUGUUCAGCAUCACCCCAAUGAAUGGGAAGUUGUUCAGUUGGAGGUGUUUGGUUUCUGGUUGUGACACUGACGUACUUGGGGUCCACUAAAGAAAAAGAAUGCAACCUAUAUGUGAAAUACAUGCCUUGAUUGUUGAAUCACCUGUUGAAUCCCUGUCUGCCAGUCCUGGGAGAUGUUCUGUGUUGUGGCUGCCUUCCCUGUGAGGCCUGAGGCUGGUUUGGGAAGGGGGAAGUUUGAUACAGCACUGUGGCCCCACACAGGGGCAGCAGAAAGUGAAGCUUCCUUUCCUGGAUGGAUGACAGUCACAAGAAGCAGGACUGAAUGUAAUCUGGAUGUGUUCAAUAGCAGUUUCAAAAUUUCUAGCCCUUAAUGCCAAGUUUUGUUGCCAUCAUAGCUGUGGUGUGGGUGGAAAAGCCCAACCAGAAAAGAGCAGAUCUAACUGUAAGCUACUUUGCAUGUUGUCAAUUGACUAUAAAUUGCAGCAGUCAUUGACUCAGUGGAACAAGCUACAUAAUUCAGAUAUUUUCAGGUAUUCAUCACUCUUAAGACAGCAAGUCUUGUUUCCUUGGAUUUUACUUUGAUCUGGAGAUUGGCUAAAUGCAGAACCUGAUGGAUGGCAAAAGCUACUGUAACCUCGUCUGUGCUGAGGCUCAGCACAUGCAGCUGGCAAGGCCUUUCUGUGCAGACCCCCUGGUCACGUUUCACAUGUACCCAGAAGCACCAAACCAGGUCCCUUUGUCUGAAGAGUUGUCAUUCCUUCCUUUCAUGUCGGAGCAUCUCAUCACAGAGACCUUCUACAGUGAGCCCUGCCCCUUUCCCUACCAAAUGCCCCAUUCCAGUCUCCACAAAAGUGAGUUCUCCUAUGGGUCAGCUUUCAUCAGGAAGAGGAAUGAGAGGGAAAGGCAGCGUGUUAAGUGUGUCAAUGAAGGCUACGCCAAGCUGAGGCACCACCUGCCCAAGGAAUACUUGGCGAAACGGCUCAGCAAAGUGGAGACGCUCCGUGCUGCUAUAAAAUACAUCAGGUACCUACAGUCUGUGCUGUGCACUGACUCUGUGGUGGCAGGAAAAGGUGUCACGGAGCCAAACCAAGCACCUAAAGCCACUAACAAACAAACCCAGUUUUUGAAGGCGAUCUAAAGUGUUCCAGAGGCAGCCAAAGGUGUCCUGUCUGGGAAUGUAGUAGCCACUGUGUUAAUGACGUGUGUGUUCCUGGCACUUCUUUGGAGCAGAUCGUGGCACACGUCACUGUCAGCCCACACCAGAGCUGUAACGUUGCAGAUAGUAACUACACUUAGGUAUGAGAAAGGCAGCUGGGGAAAUCUCAGUUGAAUGACCUAAGUUAAUUCAUGAAAAUCAGAACGCAUUUCUAAAUUUGUCACCAAGCUAAAAAUGUAACACCUAUAUGUGUGAAGUAACUGUAUGUAUCAUCCCAACCUGCAUGCUUUAAAAUAAAAUCUUUACUUAUGGGACUGAGA